AUGAAGUUGCUCCAUUUCCUUAGCCUUCUGGCCAUCUGCGGCUCUGUAGCCGCCGCAGAAAAAGACGGCGCAGCAACCUCAUCAGCCCCACCCACAAACAUCGCAACCACUUCAGAAGCAGCUAAACCGACAACUUCUCUUCCUACAUCAGCUCUAAACACCUUAAAAACUACCACUUCCAAGGCUGGCGAAGAAGCUAAAAGUGCUCCGAGUGGCAAAGCCACUACUUCUGUUGACCAUCAUGCUCAUCAUGAAGGAAAAGCGGCUACUACAUCCACCCAAAAGUCUCCAGCUGGAGAUAAGGCCGUGGCUGCUACUACAAGUAGCAGUGGUGCCACUAAGACUUCCGCUUUACCUGCGCCGGUGUUUAGUAAUACGGCUUCAGGUGUCAAGGUUGGCUCUGCUAUGGCUGUUGGGUUGCUUGCUUUGCUUGCGGCGUUCUAA